AUGAACUCACAAUCAAGCUCACCAACAGCUAAUGGAGGAAGAGAUCAUGCUGUCAUCACAAUUGCAGCGACAACCAAUAUCCAGACGACACCAUUGGACCAAAGAAUCCAGGAAACAAGAUGGCGAAACGAAUCUUGUUGCAUCUUCAAGGUACGUCAAUGCCUUGUGGAAAUAAACAAGAAGACUUACCAGCCCCAUAUUGUCUCCUGUGGUCCAUAUCACUAUGGUGAUCAACAUUUGGAGAUGAUACAGCAACACAAAUGGAAAUAUCUUCGCGAUCUACUUGCUCGAACACCUUCAAACGGCCCAACACUUGAUCAUUAUCGGCAGGUGGUAGCAGCAAUGGAAGAAGAAAUAAGAGGGUGCUAUUCGGAAACCAUCAGCUUAAGCAGUGAUGGUCUAGUUGAGAUGAUGGUGUUGGAUGGUCUCUUCACUAUUCAACUCUUUUACAAACUUAAAAGAUUUCCACCAGCACCAAGUCAUGAUCAUGAUCAAUACGACCCCAUCUUUGACUUGAAAUUUCUAUUCGCUAAUAUCAUACGAGAUCUUUUUCGUUUGGAGAACCAAUUUCCUUUUUCCCUUCUUCAAAAAUUAUUUGAUGAAUCAAAAGCUUCAAGAGGAAAUAGUGACUCAUCAUCCCUUUCCAAACUUGCCUUGCAAUUCUUUAACUAUGCAUUUCAAAGACCUGAUCAAGUGUUAGAUCAGGAUUUCAGUGCUGCUGGUGAAGUAAAACAUUUACUCGAUUUACUUCGCUGGAGUUUUAUCCCUAAACCCUAUGAUCAUUCACCUCAAGAGAAGCCUCGUCCGCAGAUCGAAUCGAUCCAAUCAGCCGAAAAGCUUCGUCUAGCUGGAAUUAAGUUCAAGACAAGGGAGGCAAUGACCUUCAUAGACAUUAGAUUUUGCAAUGGACUGCUGGAAAUUCCACACAUAGUACUCGACGAUCUAUGUACUGAUUUAUUGAUGAAUUUUGUAGCAUUUGAACAAUGCUACACUCAUCGCUCAAAGCAUUUCACAACUUAUGCUGCAUUCAUGAGUUGUCUGAUCCGCACGCCUGCAGACGUAUCAUUUCUCUGCGACAAGAAAAUUGUGGAGAAUUAUCUUGGAACUGAUGAGGAGGUUGUUCAUUUCUUCAAAAACCUUGGCAAAGAUGUGCCUUUAGAUAUUGGCGAGGGUUAUCUAUGGAAGUUGUUCAAGGACGUGAAUGAGUACCAUAGAAAUAUGUGGCAUGUGAGAUGGGAAGGUUUUAGAUUCAAGUAUUUUGGUACUCCAUGGUCUUUCUUGUCUGCUUUAGCUGCUGUUAUAAUCCUACUACUCACUGCAAUUCAGGCCUUCUGUGCUGUUUAUGAAUAUGCCCUUCCACCGGAACUGAAGAAGCACUAG